AUGUCUAAUUCCUUUCUAUAUCCGAAUACAAUUCAUUUCGAUCAGUCCUAUAUCAAUUAUCGAUUUGAUUGGAGCAACUUCUCCGUUCCUUUGGCUAUUAUCCCAUGGAUUUACAUCAUUCCAAGUUUUUCAGUAAUCUGGAAAAUCUGGAAAAUUUACUGGACAACGAAUCAAAAUAAGACCGCAGAUGUGAAUCGUCAUGUUUUCCUGGCAAUAUCCCUGUCACAGUUUGCAUGCUUUGCCAAUUUUUUCUUUGAUUAUUUCAUGACACGACUUCCGGCAACUGGAAUAUUCACUUCGUAUUGUGCAAGUAUUCAACCGAACCAUUGGUUAAAAAUGAUCAUUUUUCUGGCAUUGUACACGAAUUACUUGUCAUUGGCAUUUCCGAUUCUCCUUCCAUUGAUCAGAUUGGUGAUUGUGAUAUUUUCAAAAACACAUCAAAAGCGCAAUGCCAAAGUGAUUCGAAUCCUUGUCCCCAUCAUUCUCAUCUAUCCAAUAUGCUUCACAUUCUACCUGUUCCCAGCACUUGGAGUUUGCAAAACAUACGAGUAUCCAUAUUCAUUUGGAGCCAUAUGGAUUUAUUAUACUAAUUCGAUGUUUGGGCUUCGAAACUCGUUUUUCAACUUGUGCUCCAUUUUCUUUUGGCUCGUUGUUUCUGUUGUCAUUAAUUUCAUAUUGCUUGUCAAGGUUAUUAAAGCGAAAUCUCAAAUUGUUCAUCACGGAGGAUCCAGUACCUCCUACAAAGCAGAGUUUUCAAUUACCCUUACUACGUUGGCACUUAUUGCUUUUUAUGUGCUGAAUGGAGUUUUUGUGGUAGAAUGGAUUGCAUCCGCCAGAAAACGGAUCAAAUCAUUCGGGUCGAAAAGUCACUUUCACUUUGAAUGA